AAAAUUCAAUUUGUUUAGAUUUCCCAUUAUUUUAUGAAAUUUGGCUUUAUAUAUAAAGGCUUUGAAGUCAGUGCAUCCCACUCACAUUCUAAGAAUAUCUCUCCGAUUCUGAGCUGUUCUCUCUCCGAUUCUGUUGACUUUUAUAUCAGAAAAGCUUGAUACUUGAAACUGAGAAAAAAUGGCAGCACAUCGCCUUGUGGUAGCAUCACUUCUAAUUUUCUGUUUAGCUGGAACUUGCUACGGGAAGGUUCACUUUUCCUCCCUCAAAACAACCCUUGAUGUCACAGCUUCCCCCAAGCAGGGACAAGUUCUGGAGGCUGGAACAGACAAAAUCACUGUGACAUGGGCGCUAAACAAGACCUUACCAACGGGGACAGACUCGGCCUACAAAACCAUAAAGGUGAAGCUGUGCUACGCGCCCAUCAGCCAAAAGGACCGCGCGUGGAGAAAGACCGAGGACGAUCUCUCCAGGGACAAGACAUGCCAGCACAAAAUCGUGGCCAAACCCUACGACGCUUCGAACAAAACCGUGCAGAGGUUCGAGUGGGUGAUCGAGCGCGACGUGCCCAAAGCCACGUACUUCGUACGCACCUACGCGUUUGACUCUAACGGCGAGGAAGUGGCCUAUGGGCAGACGACGGACGCGAAGAAGAGCAGCAACUUGUUUGAGAUCAACUCAAUCAGCGGGCGCCACGCGUCCCUUGAUAUCUGCUCCGUUUGUUUCAGUGCUUUCUCCGUAGUCGCUCUCUUUGUGUUCUUCUAUAUUGAAAAGCGAAAGGCAAAGUCUUCUUCUUCCUCAAAGUGAUUGAGUCACCACAAACACAGAAAAACGUGGCAGGUUUACAUUUUUCAUCAUGGUCAUUAAUAAAUCAUGAGGGACCUGUUUUUCCCUCUAGUCAACUAUCUUUAGUACAACUAAGUUCCACCACAACGUGGAGCACGAUCUCCCCCAUGAUAAUUUUAUGUAUGUGAUUAGGAUGUGAUCAUUUAUACUAUGAAAGUAAAAAAAUAAUUAAAUUGUCAAA